AUGGUGUGGAGUAGAGAGGACAACAUAGUGGAGAGCAAGGGGGGUGACCAGUACUUCCAUCCAUCUCCCUCCGCGUCUGAUAAAGCGAUUAAUUCGAAUUCCUUGAAGCUGGAUAUGACGGUGGCUGGGUGUUGGUCGGAUGAUUCUUCUUUGCAGCUCGAGUCCACUACUCUAUUCAGGAAGCUAUCUACCGAGAGACUUCCUCCUAUUGAGCAAGUGAUAAGUUCUGGUCUUGUGCCUCGGUUUGUUUCCUUCCUUAUGAAGGAGGACCACCCUCAGCUUCAGUGUGAGGCUGCUCGGGCUCUGACAAACAUUACGCUUGCACCACCAUCUCAUCACACAGGCCCUUUUUGCAAACUAAAAACAUCUGAUAACACACAGCUUUUGAUCAAUCACAAUGCUGUUCCGAUAUUUGUCAAGAUGCUCUCUUCCCCUAGAGAUGAUAUCCGUGAAUUGGCUGUAGAGGCCUUGGGUCAUGUUGCUCGGGAUUCACCACAGUCCCGUGAUCUUGUUCUUGCAUGUGGGGCAAUGACGCCGCUUCUCAAUCAGCUAAAGAUGCAUGGACCAUGCAACUUUUCCAUGAUUGAAAUUACCUCUUGGACCCUGGUACAAUUGUGUCGCCAGUGGCCUGACCAGGUGAUAUGCGCUCUUCCGGCCCUUGUUUGGUUUAUUUAUAUGAAUGAUGCACAAGUCUUGAAAGAUUCGUGUGUGAUUAUCUCAAACCUAUAUUAUGAGCCCGAAGAAGUCAUCUCUUCUCGUUGCAAGCCUGUCGUCGACGCCGGUCUAGUCGCAAGAUUUGUUGAACUUCUCCACCAUCCUUCUCGAGCUGUGAAUUGUGCUGCACUUCUCUCCAUUUCAGCUGUCACUACUGAUAAUUGUCAACAAAUCCAGACUGUGAUCAAUAGUGGUGCUCUACCUCUUCUCCGCGAUUUCCUCACUCGUGGCUGCAAAGAAGAAAUCGCUCGUUGUGCUUGCCUGGCGAUCAGAAGAAUCACAAGAGGCACCAAUGAUCAGAUCAAGGCAGUAAUUGAUGCUGGCUUGAUUCCCCUCUUGGUUACUCUUUCACAAAAUGCUCAGUUAGUCUGUCAAGAAGUAGCUGCACUGGCAAUUGCAAAUGCAAUUAUAUAUGCUCCUUAUGAUCAAAUAAGUGUCCUUUUGGAACAAGGAUGCACAAAACCAAUAUGCGAUCUCCUGGUAUCGACGCAUCCUCGAGUCCUAUCAACUUGCCUUGACGCACUGGGUAAGAUUUUGCGCUGUGGAGGCCGCUACGCUGCGCUAAUUGAUGAUAAAGCAGAAGCGAUCGAGAAGUUGAAGAGUCAUGAAGACCGUGAUGUUUUUAACAGGGCUUAUGAUAUUUGUGAAAGCUGGUCUUACUCUUACUAG